AUGGCUCCGUAUGAAGCUUUGUAUGGACGAAAGUGCCAAUCUCCACUUUGUUGGUAUGAAUCUGGUGAAGUAAGUAUUUUGGGUUUUGAUGUAAUAGUAGAGACUACAGAGAACAUUAAGAAGAUUCGUGCAAGAAUUCUAACCACUCAGAGUCGACAGAAGAGCUACGCGGAUCAGAGGAGGAAACAAUUAGAAUUCAAAGUGGGAGAACAUGUAUUCUUGAGGGUCACACCAACAACUGGGAUUGGAAGAGCAAUCAAGACCAAGAAGUUAAAUCCGAGGUAUAUAGGACCGUUUGAGGUUUUAAGGCGAUUCGGGUCGGUGGCGUAUCAAGUUGCUUUGCCACCUUAUCUGUCUAAUUUGCAUGAUGUAUUCCACGUGUCACAACUCCGUAAGUACACAUCGGAUGUGGCUCAUGUGUUGGAACCUGAAUCGGUCGAGUUGAAAGAGAACUUGACUUUCCAAGUAACGCCAGUGAGGAUCGAUGACUCUAGUAUGAAGAAGCUACAAGGAAAGGAAGUUCAGUUGGUUAAGGUUGUGUGGGAGCGAGUAGGAGUUGAAGAGCAUACUUGGAAUUGGAGUUCGAGAUGUGAAAAGAUUAUCCCGAACUUUUCUCAGAAUGGGGGUCAACAGUCACGUCGGGCUGUGGCUCGGGCUCAGGCUGUGGCUGUGGCUAUGAGUCCUCAGGGGGCUGCUAAACCUAUGUGGUGGCCUGUGUCUCUGGUGGUGCCUCCUGCUGAGUCGACUCCUCAACAUGCUCCUUUUCCUAAUCCUGCUCGUCGGAGGCGGGAGAGUCUGGGAGCGGAGGUAGCUCAAUACCCUGUGAGACAAACACCUGGUGCUGGCGGUAGUGGCAAGGGUGCUGCUGCUGAAGUAAAGGAGGGUCUUGCUGCUGCUACUGCUGAUGAUGAAGGCUGA